AUGUCCAGGGAUCAGCAUGACUUGAAGAGAGAGUUAAAUGAGUUGAUUAAGAAACGUGCGGAGAUCGCUGAAACUCUGGAGGCGUUAGAAAAUCAAAUAUACAAUUUUGAAGGGUCCUACCUUGAAGAGACUGCUGAGUAUGGAAAUGUCAUAAAAGGAUGGGAUCGAUAUGCUCUAGCUAUGCCGCCCUCCAAAUCAGGUGUAAAACUGGAUAAGAAAACGCUAUCUCGAAAAGCAGACAGGGAAGCAGAUCGACUGUUCUCCUAUUCCUCAGUAACGUCUCCAGCAGCGUUGAAACACGCUCAGCAGCCUCCUCCUCCAAGCAUAACAUCAUCUGGAGCGCCAUUGACUCCGACGAUGAUGAGAAAUGAUGUAAUAGAUGACGAAGCGUCUCGCGAGAUGAGAAGAUCCAAGAAGCGGAAACUUGAAGAGCAGUAG